AUGGAAGGGGAUCCAAACUCUUAUUACUGGGACGACUUUAAACAUCUCUGUGAAACGUUCAAAUUAAUAAUCGCCAAAAUGGUUUUAAAUGACGAUAUUAAAAAACUUGAGUAUUUAUCGUUGGUGUCGAAAAUAUGUACGGAAUUGGAAAAUCACUUGGGGCUCAACGACAAGGAUUUAAAGAACCCAACACCCGAUGGAUUCAAGCAGGCGUUACGAGAAAAUGGCGGUGAACUAUCUGAUUCAUUUAUGGAGAAUUUAUUUCGAAUAAUUCAGCACAUGAAACCUUCUAAACCAUCAAACAACAAGGAUUCGGUGAAAAAUACAAACCAGAGUGGAGCGGCUAGAAAAUAUCCAGGAUUGGCGUUGGCAAACAGCGCGCCAUCAGCUCUUUCAGACGACGAGGAGGUGAACGAAGCCAUGUCAAUACUCGAAGCCUUGGCUCCUUCUUCUCUGCAAAAGUCUAAUGAAAUAAAUAAAAAAAUUUCUAAAAAGGCAGAAAAGAAAGAUAAAGGUAAACGUUCACAAUCUAGAUCUAAAUCAAGAGAGCGAAGAAACAGGUCGAGAAGUCCCCAGAGAAAAAGACAGAGAUCUUGUUCUCGCAAUCGAUCUGCUACGAGAAAUAGUAAACUAAAAUCUAGAAAUCGUGAUAGGUCAAGGUCAAGAAAUCGCGAUCAAAAGCGACGAAGAUCGCGAUGCCGCAACAGAUCUUCCUCAUCAAGGGAUGGCAAACAACGACGCGGAUCAAGAGACAGAUCUAGAUCACCCAAAGAAAUUCCAUCAAAUCCUGAAGUUGGAAAAAUUUACUCUGGAAAAGUAGCAAAUAUUGUACAGUUUGGAUGCUUCGUACAAUUGGAAGGAUUAAGACGAAAAUGUGAUGGCUUGGUACAUAUUUCGCAAUUACGACGCGAUGAACGUGUUAGCAAUGUCAAUUGA